AUGUUCUACAUUUUACCAUGUCUCUGUACUUCUCUUCUCUCGUUACAGGAUCAGUUGAAUGAGCGAUUAGUGGUUGUUUGUGAUGCUGUGCUUUGUGACAUGAUGGAGCCGGCGGGCGAUGCGUGCUGUGGAGCGACGGCUCGAGCGCUGGAUAUGUUCAAUCGUCGAGGUUCGGUGAUCGCCGUCGUGAUCGGAGGUAAAUCCCGGAAGGUGCCACCUCCAAGUCGAGUCAACGCCAAUCGACCUAGCACCGAUGCGGCUGCCGAAGAGCAUCACACUGAUCUCAGUCACCAUCCAGGAAACUCUCAGGAUCUGAUGUCUUCGUGCACCGCGUCAUCAUCGUCAGCAAUCCCGAUGGAUCAUUCGUCGAAUAACUCGGAUAUUGAAACGCAUGGCCAGGUCGAUUCACACAGUGACUGGCGGCCUCCAUAUCCGCGUUUGAUCGCGUUCCAUGACUGUCUUUCUCUUGCUUCCGCUUGGUCACUUGGACUGAAUCCGUCUCUGAUCGAUGAUAGGCCUACAGGUGCGUCGCAAGCUCAGUCACCAUGCGAAGACGACUCCGGGGAUGGUAAAUCCAACGAAAUGUUAGCCAGCUGUCCAGCGUUCAGAAAUGAACUCGGUAGUGAACCCACACGAAGGUUGGCUCUUUCCCGAUACACUAAUGAUGGUCCGCUUGAGGUACACGAAUGUGAGAGUUGGAUGAGAGAGCACACUGCUGCUGAAGCUGGGAUUCUGGAAGAUGUUUCGAAUGUGUAUCUUGGCGGUCGUCUUUGUGCUGCUCGACAACCGAAAAACGUUAUCGAACCGCAAGAUAUUGGAUCAUACUAUUACAGACAUUGUUUCGCGGGUCGAGCACACGUGGAGUACUUUGGAAUGGACGAUGAGCUCGGUCCUAUAGCUGUUAGCAUGGUACGAGAAGCCACGGAGAAAAAGAGCGAUCGAUCGAGUUCAGCUAUUUACCGGCUGAUCUUUAGGAUCAGCGAUUUACGUACUAUGCGCGUCGCCGUGCCUGAAGAGGCGCUUUCCGAUAGCGCUGAUCGUUCUACUCGACCUCUCAUGAGAGAACUCAUGGAACUGAUCUGUCCACGGGUCAGCUUCGGCUGUAUGAGACCGGCUUUACAGUCGCCGAGAGUGGAGGAAUUGCUCAUGAAAAUGGAUGAGCAACCCAUUUAUACUCGGUAUAAAGUCGGUAUCAUGCUGUGUCGAGCUGGACAAAGCACUGAAGAACAUAUGUACAAUAACGAACAUUCCUCUCCCGCAUUUGACGAGUUUUUGGAUUUUAUUGGUCAACGCGUGCGACUAAAAGGAUGGGAUCAGUAUAAAGGCGGCUUGGAUACUCGCGGCGACACUACAGGGACGCAUUCAAUUUAUUGCGAGUACCAAGCUCACGAAGUGAUGUUCCAUGUCUCCACUCUUUUGCCGUUCACUCCGAGCAAUCGACAGCAGCUGUCACGAAAACGACAUAUCGGCAACGACAUGGUGACGGUAGUGUUCCAAGAGCCUGGUGCACUACCUUUCUCUCCGAUCGCCGUUCGCAGCCAUUUCCAGCACGUGUUUAUUAUCAUCCGUGUACAUAAUGCUUGUACAGACAACGUUUCGUAUAGUGUAGCAGUCUCUCGAUCAAAAGAGGUGCCAGCCUUUGGUCCACCUAUUCCAAAAGGAGCCACCUUUAGUAAAUGUGCCGACUUCCACGACUGGUUACUUACAAAAAUAAUCAAUGCCGAAAAUGCUGUUCAUCGCUCAAAAAAGUUCGCAACGAUGGCAGCUCGUACUCGAAGAGAGGCGCUGCGUGACCUUGCUGAGAAUUACGUUGGAACGCAUCAAAAUGAGGGACCGAGCAGGAUAGCCAGCCGAUUCCUGGGUGGAAGCGUGAAGCGACGCGAGCGACAGAAUCCGAAGCCUUUCCUUGCAAACACACGGGGUGCACUGUCAUGGUUGGUCGAUGUCCAUGACCACUCCACAAAUCAGAGAGUAGGCUGUGUCCUAGGCUUGUCGCAAGAUGCGCUCGUGCUGCUGGAGAGGCCAUCAGGUGUGGUCAUCUUCUGCACCCCAACACAUUCCAUCAUCGGAUGGGCGAACACUGAUAUGGGCCUAAAAAUAUACUACGAUCACGGUGACAUGUUGUUGUUACGAUGUUGUACCGAGUCAGGUACCGAUGUGGAGUUGAAUCUGCUUCUACAACGUCUGCAAGCGGUCACCAGAGGUGACGAAGCUAAAGAAGUUGUGCUUCGCCGUGCACGUCUUUCCGACAGUUGGGGCUUUCACGUACAAGACGAAGGUGUUGUCACAGAUGUUGAAAUGUACCAAACUGCUUGGAAAGCUGGUUUAAGACAAGGCAGCCGGAUCGUUGAGAUCGAGUCACUCACGGUCGCAACCCUAUCCUUUGAUAAGAUUAGUGAAAUGCUAUCCGAACGCGAUACUAUGCGGCUGCUGCUCAUCGCACCAGCUCACGAUGGAUCUCCAAGAAGAGGAUGUGAAGAUCCUCAUUGUCCAGCCGUUAAAGGAGUAGAACAAAUGUUGACUCCGGAUGCUUUCGCUAGGCAGCCCAUCAGCUAUCAGGAGAUGUUCCGCAUGCGCAACCGAGAGUACGGUACUUCACCGGCGAACAGUCCUGCUGGUUCGCUUGAAGAUCGGUCCUUCAAUUUCACUGUGAAACGAAUGGACGGAGCGAGGGCGAACAGCACUUGUGCUGCCUCGACCUGUUCCGCUGCUGCUGCCGCUCUCACGAUGAAUCGUCAGACAACUUCAGUGCACGACCAUAUGUGUUUAAUGCUGAACGCACAGUUGUGUCGCGCACAAUCUGACGAACACCUUCGUUCUCCAAUGACCGAAGAUAAUAAAAAAGCACCGCUGUCAGCUCGUGAGUCAACAAAUGAACAAGAAGCUGCCGAGCUCGUGAGAUGCCACCAAAACCUCGAAAGGGCAAAUCAAGAGAAAAGAGCGUUGGAGAUGUUGGUACAGCAAUUGAGGAAACAACUUUCACAUGAACGUCAAUUACAUGAGAAUACACGACGAGAACUGGAACGGCUCAGGACGCAACUCGACAAGAGAUGA